AUACCAAUACGUCUGUGAAACCUUAUUCGAGUGCAAGGCAAAGAUAUCUAGUAUAGUAUGUUGGUAACCGCCAUGAGUCGGAGAUCGUGCCUGAUGAGAUUCAGUCGCUCGUUGAACCGCAAGUAUGCGGCCUCUGUUGUCGCAACGGAUCAGUUGUUGGUUUCUGACCGGAUUUGCACGGGUGCUAGGUGCUUUGGAAGCACGCGCACUGUAGAUGCAAGGUAUAAUGGUGCUUCGUUGCGCAUCUCUAAGAACCAGCUCGAAAGGGGUCUGGGUCCAAAUCCGAGCUACUGGGCGAUAAAGGGAAUGGAAUACGGCAGGGAAAUAAUGAAAGAAUACCAAGAAGAACUUAAAAGGGAAGACAAACAGCUGGCCGAAGAGUCCAAAAUAGAAACGAUGCGCCUAUUCAGAUCAAGCGGUCAAAAAUAUAGCAAGUACAGCAAGAAGAAGGACCGACCAAUUGAGCCGGAUUUCAAAAUAUACGACGAGGAUAGUAAGAUACCCUUGAACGAGUUGAACGAGCUGGAGGAAGACCUCACAACGCUGUCGAAAACACCACUGACUAAAUCUGCUGCUGCUGCGGUGGAGAUAGAUAAGACCGUACCUACUGAGGAGCCUCUAGAUGAGCCAAUCAGAACCACCCGCCUGGACAAGACAAUGUUUGAGCCAAAGGAUGGUAAAUACAAGGCAUUUGAAGAGGUCGGGGCCAAUAUCGCCAACCCCACCAAUGAGGACUACAUCAAUGCCAUAUUCAAGAAGAAGCGAGAAGAGGAACAAACGACGACACCAGAGAAAAGGAAACCAGGCUCUGAGAAGUAACUUCAUCCUGUGUAAAAUAACCUUCUGUGUACAUCAAUAAACCUCUUUACGCAG